GGCGCCGCCGCCGCCGCCCCUCUCCCUCAGCCCCCGGGCGGGCGGCGAGGAGCCGGCGCUGCCUCUGACUGACGGGCAUCCUCUGCGCUUUUUCUUCGCCUUCUCAGGGGCCGCUGCAGCUGCCGCUGGAUCGGAGAGGCUGAGGAAGAGGCGGCGGCGGCGGCGGCAGCAGCAGCAGCGGUGCUGAAGCGGGGGGCUCCCUCGCUCUCCUCCCUCCCCUCGCGAGCAGAGACGCCUCAGCCAUGGAUGAGCAAAGCGUUGAGAGUAUUGCCGAAGUGUUCCGAUGUUUCAUUUGUAUGGAGAAACUGCGUGAUGCACGUCUCUGUCCACAUUGCUCCAAGCUGUGCUGCUUCAGCUGUAUUCGGCGUUGGCUGACCGAACAAAGAGCCCAGUGCCCCCACUGUCGGGCUCCGCUGCAGCUCCGAGAGCUGGUCAACUGCCGCUGGGCCGAGGAGGUGACCCAGCAGCUCGACACCCUCCAGCUCUGCAACUUGAACAAGCAUGAGGAGAAUGAAAAGGACAAGUGUGAAAAUCAUCACGAGAAGCUCAGUGUGUUUUGCUGGACAUGCAAGAGAUGCAUCUGCCACCAGUGUGCUCUUUGGGGAGGAAUGCACGGAGGGCAUACCUUUAAGCCACUCGCUGAAAUCUAUGAGCAGCACGUCACCAAAGUGAACGAGGAGGUGGCCAAGCUUCGCCGGAGACUCAUGGAGCUGAUCAGUUUGGUGCAAGAAGUGGAAAGGAAUGUAGAAGCCGUACGCAGCGCCAAAGACGAGCGUGUUCGGGAAAUCAGGAAUGCCGUGGAGAUGAUGAUUGCCAGGCUGGACACCCAGCUGAAGAACAAACUGAUAACACUAAUGGGCCAAAAGACAUCCCUCACUCAAGAAACGGAACUGCUGGAGUCCCUCCUGCAAGAAGUGGAACACCAGCUGCGUUCCUGCAGUAAAAGCGAACUCAUCUCCAAGAGCUCCGAGAUCCUGAUGAUGUUCCAGCAGGUCCACCGGAAGCCCAUGGCCUCUUUUGUCACCACUCCGGUCCCUCCAGACUUCACAAGUGAGUUAGUGCCAGCGUACGAUUCGACGACCUUUGUCUUGGAGAACUUCAGCACUCUGCGCCAGCGGGCAGAUCCCGUUUACAGCCCACCUCUUCAAGUUUCUGGGCUCUGCUGGAGGCUGAAGGUUUAUCCAGAUGGAAAUGGAGUGGUCCGUGGCUACUACCUAUCUGUGUUUCUCGAGCUGUCAGCUGGAUUGCCGGAAACAUCCAAGUAUGAAUACCGUGUGGAAAUGGUCCACCAGUCCACCAACGACCCUGCGAAGAACAUCAUCCGGGAGUUUGCAUCUGAUUUUGAAGUCGGGGAGUGCUGGGGCUACAAUCGGUUCUUUCGGCUGGACUUGUUGGCUAAUGAAGGCUACUUGAACAGGCAGAAUGACACAGUCAUCUUAAGGUUCCAGGUGCGUUCUCCUACUUUCUUCCAGAAAUGUCGGGACCAGCACUGGUACAUUUCUCAGCUAGAAGCUGCCCAGACAAGCUACGUCCAGCAAAUAAAUAACCUUAAAGAGAGGCUUGCAAUCGAGCUUUCCCGUACCCAGAAAUCCCACGGCAUGUCUCCUCCGGACACCCACCUCAGUCCUCAGAGUGACGAUGGCCCCGAGACGAGACCCAAGAAGUCCGGGCUCCCUUCGGAAGUGCUUCUUGAGGCGGUGGCCAGCACAGCAUUGCCCAGAGACGCCCAGGACGAAGAGGAGGAGAAAAGGCAGCACGGGGACUCCCACCACGAGCUCUCGGAUGGGGACUUUGAUGUCGACCUUGCCGGGGAGGAAGAGGCCAACCCCCUCGACGGCAGCAGCUCCUCGGCCAGCUCAACGGCCACCAGCAACACGGAAGAAAACGACAUUGACGAGGAGACCAUGUCUGGGGAGAAUGAUGUCGAAUACAGUCACAACAUGGAGCUGGAGGAAGGCAACCUUGUGGAGGAAGCUGCCGCGUCUGCCACAGCGGGUGCCUCAGGCGGGAGCCACAGCUAUCCCACCAGUAGCAGCAGCAGCAGCCGCAUGUCGAGGCGGGGAGGAGGCGGCACGCUGGGCUCUCCGGCCAGUGGCAGCCUGCUUGACAUAGACCCCUUGAUCCUGAUCCACCUGCUGGACCUGAAGGACCGCAACGGGAUGGAAACCCUGUGGGGCCUGCAGCCCCGCCCCCCGGGCUCCCUGCUACAGAACCGAGUCUCCUAUUCCUUGAAGGAGAGGGAUCAGCGGAGGCACCAGGCCAUGUGGCGGGUCCCGCCGGACUUGAAGAUGCUGAAGAGACUGAAGAGCCAGAUGGCCGAAGUCCGCAGCAAGAUGUCGGACGUGAAGAACCAGCUCUCGGAGGUCCGGAGCAGCAACGCCACCUCUUCCGACGGGCCGACGGCGGCUCACUUCCCUGGCGACCAGGCGGCCCUGGCUGCAUGUGGGGCUGAGAGCUACAGCAAGCUGCAGGAGCUCCUGACCAAGUCCUCCCUGUCUGGCUGCUACAUCCGGAAUGCUGCGAAUAAGAAGAGCCACUUGGCCAAAGCUGGCCGGGUGGGGGCGACGGGCAGUUUGUCUCUCCGGAGAGCCAUGGACUGCGGGGACGGCCAUCUUCGCGCCAAGGGAGACUGCCAGGUGUCCUCUGAAGGCUGCCUAGGAAACGUGAAGCCCAUCAGCAGGCACGGCUCCCCCAGACUCUCGGCGAACGGAAGCACCUCAGAGGCGGCAUCUAAGCCCGAAGACAGACUGUGCGACGUCUCGGAUUCCGAUGUGGGGCCUUCUGCUGCUUUAAGUGGCCUAAUACCCAUGGAAAAGCCAAGAAAAGUGGCUGCUCUGGGGUCAAAUUCAAAUCGGUGCCGUGUGGAAGCAGCCGAGCUGGUUGACUUGGAAAACAACCCCGAAGUGGAGGAGCUGCAGGCCGUGCUCUCGGACGGUGCCUCCGCAGGCCCAGGAGAAGCCGGGCUCUGCCAGAAGCAUGUCCUUCACCUCCUGCCGGGCAUGAGCAGCGACAGCGACAUCGAGUGCGACACGGAGAACGAAGAGCAGGAGGAGGCUGAGGCUGAGGCGGCGGCGGCGGCGGCCUGUGCCACCCGAGACAUUUUCAGCCAGGCCUUCCAGGCCCAGCCUCUGAAUGACGCCUUGGAGCUGUGCUCCGUUUUCCCGGAAGGUGACCAGCUUUGCCCCGAAGAGCUCCCCUUUGCCACCGGAAAGGACGGCGCGAGGUAGGGGCUGUCCGAGGCUGAUUCGUGCCCGCCAGCUUGCGAGCUGGGGCAGUGCAUGUGGGGGAGGGGGACGCUUCCUCCGUCCCCCCGCGUCGUUUCCGGUAAUGUCCCAUGCACACGUUCUCCCCCUUCUCCCUGUCCUUGAGCUGAUGAACUUGCUGUCCUGCUUUUCUGCACCUGCUGGGUCUGGAUCCACACCCCGCGUGCCUCCGGAGGGGGCUGGAGCCUCAGCCGUGCCCCUCUGGCUACCUGUUGGCUGAGGAGUUUGGGGCCUCCUCCCCCCCCGCCCCGCUUGAGUCCAAGCUGCCUGUUGCCAAAUGCUCUCUCUGUCUCACCACUGUGCACUGCACGGCAGCCGUGCUGGGCUGUCCUGUGAAGCUCUGCUGAAUGGGCUGUCGCCUUCCGAGCCCAGGUUACUGUCUGCGUGUGUCCUGCGUCCUCCUGAAUGUUGUGUCUGCCGGAAGGAUCCAUUCCACAAUGUGAUGUUUAACUGUUGUACAAAUUCAUAUAGUUCAGAGGGAAAUGGUUUGCACUCUUUUAACUAAUAAAACCCAAGUGGGAAGGAGUGGGCUUCUGCCUUGUGUGCCGCGAGCGUGGCCGCCCAGAGGGAAAGCGGCGGCUACUGCCCCAGAAAUGCUGGCUGAAGUGCCUCAGCCGCGCCUUGCCCCAGGUGCCGUUGGCAAACCCUGUGUCCUGUCUCCGCUGUGACCACGGAGGACUAGUGAGGCAUGUGCAGACAGCCUCGUCCUAACAGGCCCAUGUCAAGACCCUGCCUUUUAAAAAGAAAGCCCAACUGCUGGUGGUAGAUGGCACCAUCGGGGGGAAGGUGUGUGGUGGUGGUCCUUAUCUUUUGGGGGGGAAGGGAAUGGAAAGUAACAGGGCGGGGGGGGGGAGCUGAACAAGAACUGCCCCAGAGGGGCUAUUCUGGCUCUCUUUAAACCUUGGGCCGUGGGAGCAACCAGGCUUCGUCCUGGGGGCACUGCAAGGGCCCGCCUUUCAAAAUCGCCCCAUUCUGCCUCAGCAGCCGAGAUGCAAAACCUGUUAAGCAAGCUGGAGUUUUACCCGGGGGCGGGGGCGGGAGGGACACACACACACCCCUGGGGUGGUGUUUGGCCUUUAAAUAAGCAGACAGAGAAGAGGUUAACGUUUGCUGUUUUAUUAAGAUACUGGUAGAAGUUGAACAUAGUCCUUACCUUUUGUGAACAGCUUUAAUAAAUAAAGUAUGGCUAAUACAUGA